AUGAAUGAAGAAGAGGAUCCACGAUACAAGAAUUACAGAGACUUUUUGGAAUUCCGUGCAAUCGACAGAUUUCGCUAUCGUCCAGUAGUCGAGCUUCCAAUUCCCGAGGUUAAUCUUUUCCUCGAAGCCUAUGGAUUUAGUCGAAUCUCAGAAUCGACUAUUGAUGCAUUCCAGACCAGCCUCAUUGAUCAGCACCAGGAGUCAAUAAGUGCCUACCCUCCAAACUCUUUGCAGCGCUACCACCGUAGUUACAGAGACCGGAACCGUUCCUAUAUCCAGUGGGUCUUUGCACAGACGAAGCUAUGGGCGCACACUAUAGUAGACGCUGAACCGGAAAGAGUCGAUAUCUAUCCUCGAAUUUUCGAGCAUUUAUCAGAACUUGGCGACUGGGAACAGAAGGAUGAUGCAUUAAAUGAGAAAUUGGCUUUGGAGGCUGCAAGCUUGAAGUAUUCAGACUCUGAGGUUCUCUGUGCUUCCAAGUUGUUCGGCAAUGGCACUCCUUGCAAAUUGACGCAAAACAGUCCAGCUGACAAAUUUCAUGAUUCGAUUGAGCUAGACUUCAUUGGACGACUGGUAUUAGAGGGAAUGGAAGAGUCUUGUCUGUACAAAAAUAAUUUGUCCACAAUAGUCACUAGCGCGUCUGGAGCGAAAAUGUUGGUAAUUGGCAACUUUUGCUCUCUCAAGCUCUUUCAAUUCGAUCCUUUGACGUUUUUGCCUUCCAAAGAACCUGUUUUGAAGUUGAACCUUGAACCUCGGGUCACAACAAGAGAUGAUUUUCUCGGUCUGACUUGGCCUAAUACACCACACACGUUGAAUUACUUGAAAACAUAUCCCGACUGGUUUGGCGAUGAGAUUCUUGCAGUUUGCGCUGAUAACGGAAAGGUGUUUGUUUGGCGUUCAGAAGUAUUGUUUGAACAUGUGCAGAAGAAGCAUCACGUACCAAAAACAUCAAUGUAUAACCUUAAGCCUUCAUUCCGGCUCGAAGUGCCAGGAUCUGCUUGGGGAGUUGACUUUGCCAAAUCGGCCGCCACUGAUGGCACUUCUACCUAUGUUGCAGCUGUCUCAUUCAACAAAAGAAGUGUUCAGUUGUUCUCCUAUAACGAGUCGAGAGACAAAUUUAAUUUGAUAAGUUCUGAAUUGUUUCCUCAUAAUGUGCCUGAGAUAUCAAUUCUUGAAUACACAGUGGAGGAUGGGUUACAUAAAGCAAUAUGCUGCAUGGCGUGUAUUUCGAAAGAAGUUAGAAUUCAUGAGUUCACGUGGAAACUUAAAGCUUGCUCACUUGAAAACACUAUAUGUUAUACCUCUGUCACUUCUGAGCCGUUGUUUGCUGGCCGACAAGAGUUUGAUGUGUGGACUGCUAAGCCAAUUGAAAAGAAAUACUUUAGAAAAGUGCUUUCGUUUGCAGCCUUAAAUGGUGAUUUUCAUCGAGAUGAAGAUCUAUUUUCAGGAAUUAUACUCCAGGAAUCAGUUCUUUUGCAGAAUUACACACUCAAUCCAAAAGACAAAUCCUCUUACGGAUUGGCUGCAGAAUGGCAGUGCAUGAAAGCUUCCACAGUGAAAUACCCACAGUGUUAUGAACCGUCAGAAGAAAUCGAGGACAUGUUGCUUGACUGGCAGUACAAUAGCCUUGCUCAAGCAUAUGAACAAGAAUUCUUAGGAAUCAAGUCUUCUACUCAAACAAUGCUUGCCAACAUAAUCGUGGCUGUAACAAGUGAGUGCAAUUUGGCGCUCUAUCAAGCUAAUACUUUGCGUCGCUGUGCAUAUACUGAUGAGAUUUUUAAACUUGUGCCGGUCAUGUCAGACGAUCAUAGCUAUUGCAAUCGAAUACUGAUCAGUCUUGUCAUCCCAGAACUCUCAUGUUUUAUCGCUGCAACCCAACUGGGUCUAGUAACAAUCAUGCGCUUGUGUCAAUACAGAGGAGUGUUUGCCAUGAGGCAAGAACACAUAUUUCCCAAUUUCGAACUGAUCAUCGAUCUAUCGAGCACUGGCGUACCCUUGUGUGGCAUGACAGCACGCAAGAUUUCCGCUAUAGAAACAGCUCCUCUGUAUAUUCUUCACUUAACGUACUUGAAUGGUAUGGUGCUCACAUAUCGUUUGCUGGACAAACUGGAGCCACAUAUCCCGGAAAUUUUUGAAUAG